UAUUUCCACCUUGCAGGACUUAUUGAAAUGAGCCUGGCUGUAUUAAACGUGAGAUAAAACUCCCGAAGGGAGCAUUAGUCUGAGUGAUUCAUAUAAACACUUAAAGAGUCAGUCGUGGUUGAGCUUCCUAGUCAAAUAAGUUGACUUUUAAGGGAGAUAAUCUUAUCAGGAGGAAGUCUGAAGGAAAGGCAAGCUACAGGUGAUAAGAAAUGAGCGUGAUGAUGCCCUUGCUGCUGCUGCUCCUUCUCCUGGCCAGCUUUGGCUCACCUGCACCCAGGUUUUCGGAAAAAGAUAUCUGCCUCCUAGACAAUAAUAAAUUAAGACAAAGGUUAAAACAGCUUCAAGACCUGCUUUAUAUAUAUGAACUGCAACUGAAGGACAUCCUGGAGAACACUUACCACAGAACAAGAAGUGGGCUGUUCUCAGGCAACAGGAGCGUGCAGCAUGAGGUGCUUUUACCCACGACAAGUGGAAAUUUGAUAGUCUACGACCAAGACUGCUCCGCAGUGUACAACAGGAAGAAGACCAAAAGCGGCUACUAUCGGAUCAGGCCCAGGGCGGACCGAGAGCCUUUCCUGGCAUACUGUGACAUGUCUGAUGGUGGGGGCUGGACUGUCAUUCAGCGGCGGAGUAAUGGCAAGGAGAACUUCAAUAGAAAAUGGGAUGAUUACAAACUGGGAUUUGGAAAAUUCCAGGGCAACAACGAUGAAUACUGGCUGGGCAAUGACCACAUCUAUGACCUGCUUGCUAGAGGAGAGAGCUCAUUAAAGAUUGACCUGAUGGACUGGCAUGGGGAAAGACGUUAUGCCAUUUAUGAAAAUUUCCAGCUUGGAAAUGAGCAGGACAAUUACAGGGUAUGGUUUGGCACCUAUUCUGGUAACGCUGGCGACGCUUUGUCUGGUGGGAGCAGUUUUGAAGACCAGUGGUCAGCUUCUCACAGAGGGAUGCAGUUCACCACAUCUGACAAGGAUCACGACCGAUUCCUGGGAGGCAACUGUGCGUUAGAGAAUGAGGGCGGCUGGUGGUUUAACAGGUGCCAUGCUGUAAACCUCAAUGGGCGAUACUACAGAACAGGAAGGUACAAUGGAACCCAUGACAAUGGCAUGGUUUGGUCUACGUGGCACGGGAUGUGGUACUCACUAAAAUACUCGGCCAUGAAAAUCAGGGCUCCAUUCUUUGUUGACAGUGAGAGUGGAGAUGGUGAGAACAGCCAAGGCAGCUGAAGUCUGCUGCUUUGGAAAGACAAAAAGUACAGCCUGAAAAGAAAUGCGUAUGUUAAUAGCCAGCCCUCUGCUGCUGCCAAUCACCAAAGAUGCGCUGCGAUAACUGGAGUUGCAUAUGUUUCUAUGAGCUAAAGCUAACAUCAUGAGCUGUUUGAGCACAGCAA